AAAGGAGACCCUGGCUUCCCAGGGAGCCCGGCUGGGGCAGACGCGAGGGGCCUGGGGAGGCACUGGCUUUGGCCCCGCCUGGGGCAGGAUGGUGAAUCUGGAGUCCGCGCACCCAGAUAUCAAGAUGAGUGGGGAUGUAGCAGAUUCCACUGACGCCCGAGGUGCUCUCAGCCAUGUGGAGCCAGGAAAUGAUCGAAAUGGCCUAGAUUUCAACAGACAGAUUAAAACGGAGGACCUCAGUGACUCCCUGCAGCAGACCCUCUCCCACCGGCCAUGCCACCUGAGCCAAGGACCUGCCAUGAUGUCUGGGAACCAAAUGUCUGGGGACAUGGCUUCUCUCCAUCCGCUCCAACAGCUUGUGCUGGUUCCCGGCCACUUGCAGUCUGUUUCCCAGUUCCUGCUUUCUCAGACCCAGCCUGGGCAGCAAGGUCUGCAGCCAAAUCUUCUCCCCUUUCCACAACAGAACAGCCUCAUCCUCCCACAGACGGGGCCUGGCCUUGCAUCCCAGGCAGUUGGGCGCCCUGGGCUGCCAGGAUCCUCUUUAGAACCCCAUCUGGAAGCAUCACAGCAUCUCCCAGUGCCUAAGCAUCUACCCAACUCUGGAGGGGCAGAUGAGCCUAGUGACCUCGAGGAGCUGGAAAAGUUUGCCAAGACCUUCAAGCAGAGGCGCAUUAAGCUGGGCUUCACACAGGGCGAUGUAGGCUUGGCGAUGGGAAAGCUGUAUGGCAACGACUUCAGCCAGACCACCAUCUCACGGUUCGAGGCCCUCAACCUGAGCUUCAAGAACAUGUGCAAGCUCAAGCCGCUACUAGAGAAGUGGCUGAAUGAUGCAGAGUCCUCUCCGUCAGACCCCUCAGUGAGCGCACCUAACUCCUACCCCACCCUCAGUGAAGUGUUUGGCAGGAAGAGGAAGAAACGGACCAGCAUCGAGACCAACAUCCGCCUGACUCUGGAGAAGAGAUUUCAAGAUAACCCUAAACCCAGUUCAGAAGAGAUCUCCAUGAUUGCAGAGCAGCUGUCCAUGGAGAAGGAGGUGGUGAGGGUCUGGUUCUGCAACCGACGCCAGAAGGAGAAGCGAAUCAACUGCCCUGUGGCCACACCCAUGAAGUCACCUGUCUACAGCUCCCGGAUGGUCUCUCCCUCAGGGACUUUGGGCCCCCUCACUGUCCCUCCUGUCCACAGCACCAUGCCUGGAACAGUAACGUCAUCCUGUUCCCCUGGGAACAACAGCAGGCCUUCGUCUCCUGGCUCAGGACUCCACGCCAGCAGUCCCACUGCGUCUCAAAAUAACUCCAAAGCAGCCAUGAACUCCUCCUCCAGCUUUAACUCCUCAGGAUCUUGGUACCGAUGGAAUCAUCCCACCUACCUCCACUGAGACCAGAACAUUCCUCCUGCUGCACCUGGCCCUGUAUGACCCCCCACCCCCAAGGAAGGGAGCCACGCCCCCUCUAUGUGGACAGAUUACUUUCAGAAGCGUGGAAGAAAAGCCCCACUAUGAGUGAACCCAGACUCUUGCCUUCUUCAGGAGCAAGGGCUUCCAGAGAGCCAAACUGUGAUAGAGCCAUGUGCUGACUCUAAUGCUCUUGAAAUACAUCUCCCUCCCAGGAGGUUUUCGUUUUCACCGUCUUUGCCUGUGCCCUGAGCUUCUACCAUGACUUCACCAAGGCAAUAGUCCUUCAGAGAAAAGGACUUCUUGUCAUUAUUCUCCAACUCAUCCAUGGGAUUCUGGGGACAGCCAUUUGCCUGGUGUGCCAUACUGCCAGAGACAGUGGUUUUGAUUUUGAACUUAGCCACAAUCCCAAACUGAUCCCAAAAUCUGUGGAAAGAUUUGAAUCCUGUCUCUACCAAAGCCUGAUGGUUUCUCUGUUUAGUAGUUUUCCCAGUGAUUCACCAUUUCACCCUAUUUUCUUUUUAAGCUCACCCUUUUUUCUUUCUACAAACAGAUCCAUCCCCCCCCCCCUCUCUGUCUCUCUCUCUCUCUUUUGGGUGGGGGAUACUGGGGAUUGAACCCAGGGGAACUCUACAAAAACUGAGCUAUAUUGCUAGUUCUUUUUUUAUUUUUAAUUUUGAGACAGGAUCUCACAAAGUUGCCCAGGCUGGUCUUAAACUUGUGAUCCUCCUGCCUCAGCCUCCCAAGUUGCUGGGAUUACAGGCAUGUGCCACACCCAGCCAGCUCCAUCCAUUCUUGCAUUCUCCCAAGUACCUUCCUCUCUACAGAUGGCUGAGCCACCAUCUGUCCCCUGGGCAUGCUGCUCUGCCCCCUGGUGCUCUUCUGUUGGCUCACAUCUACCCCAGAGUUCAAGAGUACUUGCUUUCCCUCUCUUUCCCCGUGUUUCUCCUUAGCCCACCCUCCCUCUUUCUCCUGGCUACAUAAAAGGAAGAACCCAAGAGCAAACACACAAAUGUUGUUGGCAAUCUGUACAUAGUGUUUUCCUGGUUUUACAUUAUGUUCUUCUCUCCUUAAUGUGGAAUUUUCCAGAAAGAUGUUUAACUCAGGUGUGAAUUUUGAAGAUGUCUCUGUAAUAUUUUAUCUUCUUUUAAAAAAAAGAAAAAAGGAAAAAAAUACCAAAGUGUGAAAUACUUCCAGAGUUCCCUCUCAGGCUGGGAGUCUGCUGACUUUUUUGGGAAUAUUAUCUCUAGAGUCUCCUUUGUGGGCCAGUGUGUAGAGCUCUAACAUGAAGCCAUCCCAGAAAUGGUCACUUUUUUUUUCUUUUUUUAAAGACUGCAUAUCCAGGAAACUGUUGAGACCCAAAGGAAUCUCUCGGUUUCUAAAUAAAUCUGUAUAGUGAUGAC